AUGCACUCUUUAUUUUCAAUGUAUUACUUUGCACUUAAUAAAAAGCAAAUUGCUUAAGAAGAAUACACUAUAUAUCCACUCCUGCAAAAUUAAUUCAUUCAUUUAUUACAGCAUCCUGAUACUUAACAUUUAGCUUUUACUUUGAUUUCACAGCUAUUCAACAAGAAUUGCGACCUUUCAACUUUAAAAACCCAAGUUAUUGAAUCCCUUCUUGCCCUUAUCCGAUGGGAUUUCACACUCAAAAAUCCUCAAUAGGGAUUUGAAUCAACUUCUACUCUUUUAAAUGCCCCAUUUCCUGAUCUUCACAAUUUAAUAAGGAUUGUUGAACCAACCUCUCUUAUUAAAUAUUACUUCAUCAACAAAUAAGGCAUUGAUAUAAAUGGUCUCCUACAGACUAUGGAAUUAUUCUUAACUAAUCGUAAUUUCAUAUUUGACCAUGCUGUCGAAUUCAUUGAAAUAACCCAAAGAGUUGCUCGACAUUAAAAUGAGUAAGUCAGAUCUUAUGCAUUGAAGUUUAUACAUCGCUUAGCUGACUUAUAAGAUAAUUAAACUUUUAGAGAACUGAUUCAUGCGACUCUAUUAGCCGGUCUUAUGGAUGAAUCAUUAGAAAUUAGAGUUCAAGCAUUGAAUGAGUUGAAGAUUCUCAUUCCUAAAGAAAAAGAUCAACUCUUGAUCCUGUUGUACAAGAAUUCCCAUUGCGAUGACCUUAGAAAAGUUUCAGAAUCUGUUGCUCAAUAAUUAUUUCCUCAUUUCUCUGGUAAUAUUUAAACAGAAUUGAUGAACAUUAUCAAUGAAAAAAGAUUAAAUGAAUGCGUAAUUCUAUGCUGCUAUUCAACGAUUAGUAGAAAUUGGAGGAUAAGAAGAUCUGGCUUAAAGACAUUGUAAUCAAUUGUGCAAUACUAUCCUAACUAAGAAUUACCGAUAGAAGAAAUUUUAAAAGUUUCUUAAAAUUGUUCUUUGUUUGAGUCCCAUUUUGAUGUGAGAUAUAAUGGAUUUCUGUUGAUGUAUCAUAUAGUUAGGAUGUAUGAAAAUAAAAUAACAUAAUUUACUGAUUAAAUAAUUUAGAAUUGUUUAUUUCAUUUUAGUGAUGAUCACAUAGAAUGCUAAGAGUUGUGUACUCAGAUACUAAUAAUUUUAAUUGAUCGUUAAAGUUUAAUUUAAGAGUUAUAUAAAUAAUAAAGGUUAAUUGUAAAUAAUGAUUUGGCUUUGGAAGAUUUAAAGGUCAAAAUUAUGAAAAUCGAAGAAGUUUAAAAAUAGUAUGAAUGUUAGGUACCAUAGGAAGACAUUCACGAUGAGUAAAUAAGGAAAUAUCAAUCAAGAAUAAUGUUAGGAAUUAUUGCAUGUUUUGUACAGAUGAUUAAAUUGAGAUUUGAUCAGAGCAGUGUUGAAUAAGUCAGUUUAAUGAUAUGUUAAGGUCUUUAGAUUGUCAAUUCUUAUAGGGAUAUGAUGUAUAAAUAUUUAAUAAGCGGGUUGAAAAAAGUUUAUAUGUAAUAAAAGGAAUUAGUCAAAUAAAUGAUCAAUUAGUUAAAUCUUACAGAGAUGUUGAGAUCAGAUGGGGAUGUGGAAUUGAUAGGUGUUAUUGAGGAUAUAGUGGGUACAUCUAUUUUGUAAGAAUGA